AUGACUGGUCUUCAAACAACUAAUCUGGUGGAUACUCCUUUUGUGGUUAAUGUUAAAUAUCAUUAUGAUUAUGGAGAUCUUUUAACCGGUCCCUUAUCGUAUCAGAAACUUGUGGGCAACCUUAAUUACUUAACUAUUACUCGCCCUGAAAUAUCUUUUGUUGUUCAACAAGUCAGUCAAUUCAUGCAUUCUCCUCGCCAUCUUCACUUGGCAAUAGUUCAUCGUAUAACUCGCUACUUAAAAGGAACCUCACAUAGUAGUUUAUUCUCUCCUUCCGUAAUAGUUCCUCAAUUGAGUGCUUAUAGUGAUGUUUAUUGGGUAGGAUAUCCUGACACAAGACGAUCUGUCACCGGUUGGUGCAUGUUUCUUGGCUUUUCACUGGUCUCAUGGAAAAGUAAGAAACAAGCAAGAGUUUCUAAAUCUUCCACUAAAUCUAAGUAUCGUGUUAUGUCUGCUACUUAUUCAUAA